CAGGAGACAGCGGGCCGGCUGUGAGCUGGUGUCUGGAACGGACGGGUCGGCUGCGUGUGAGAGCGUCUUUGUUUCCAUCAUGUGACCAUCACAGCUGAGAUGGGAGCUUUAUCUGCUUUAUGCUGCUGAAAAUCUCCAGAUUCCUGAAAGUUUGGAUGUUAUUCCUCUCAGUUUGGAGGUUAGAGAUCCACCAGAGGAAGUUCUGGACACUGUCUGGACCAAAACCUCAGCAACUUGCCUUUUUUCAGCUGAUGUCAGAAGAGGAGCUGGGACCCACCAACAGGUGACACCCUUCCCAUGAUGCCCUGCAGCCUUGAGGGAUCACCAUGGGAGAUGAGUCUUACCCAGAAUGCCAAACUCAGGAGUUGUUUGAUGAAUUUGUAUCAGCAUCGACCUGCAGGGCGGCGCUGCGCUGCUUCAGCCAGCUGUGCGAACAUCUGCAGCUGGAUCACAGCACCACUGAAAAGCCUCUCUACCAACCAAUCAAACAGCGGCUCAACUACUGGAAGGCCAAUGCUCUGUGGGCCAAACUGGACCGGAGGGCGGCACAGCAGGAGUACCAGAGGGGCCGGGUCUGCAGAAACAUGACUUGUGUGAUCAUCGGGGCGGGGCCUUGUGGUCUCAGGACAGCGGUGGAGCUCUGCUUCAUGGGAGCCCGAGUGGUAGUCCUGGAGAAAAGGGACUCGUUCUCCAGAAACAACGUGCUCCACCUUUGGCCCUUCACCAUCUACGACCUGAGGAGUCUUGGGGCCAAAAAGUUCUACGGAAAGUUUUGUGCAGGCUCCAUCGACCACAUCAGUAUUCGCCAGCUGCAGCUUGUUCUGCUGAAGGUGGCUUUGCUCCUGGGGGCCGAAGUUCAUGUCAAUGUUGAGUUCAAGCAGCUGUUGGAGCCACCAGAGGACCAGCACAGAAACAAGGAGGGCUGGAGGAUGGAGGUGAGUCCAAAGUCCCACCCAGUCAGUCAGAUGGAGUUUGAUGUCAUCAUUGGAGCAGAUGGACGCAGGAACACGUUGCCAGGUUUCAGGCGUAAGGAGUUCAGGGGGAAACUGGCCAUCGCCAUCACAGCCAACUUCAAAAACAAAAACACCUCAGCCGAGGCCAAAGUGGAAGAGAUCAGCGGAGUGGCUUUCAUCUUCAACCAGAGGUUCUUUCAGGAGCUGCGGCAAGAAACUGGUAUUGACCUGGAGAACAUUGUCUACUACAAGGACGACACACACUACUUUGUUAUGACAGCAAAGAAACAGAGUCUCUUGGACAAAGGAGUCAUUCUACAGGACUUUCCAGACACAGAGCAGCUCCUCUCUCGAGGGAAUGUGGACCAGGAUGCUUUGCAGGCAUACGCCCGUGAGGCCGCAGACUUCUCCACCAAUCACCAGCUGCCAAUCCUGGACUUCGCCAUGAACCACUACGGUCAGCCGGACGUCGCCAUGUUCGACUUUACCUGCAUGUACGCAUCAGAAAACGCUGCCUUGAUUCGCCAGCGCCACGGACACCAGCUGCUGGUCACAUUGGUUGGAGACAGUCUGCUGGAGCCCUUUUGGCCAAUGGGGACAGGUGUGGCACGGGGGUUCCUAGCAGCUCUGGAUUCAGCCUGGAUGAUCAGAAGUUGGGCUCAGGGUAGAGCACCACUAGAUGUCCUGGCUGAGAGGGAGAGUCUGUACCAUCUGCUGCCUCAGACGACUCCAGAGAAUAUGCAGAAGAGCAUCAGUCUGUUCACCGUAGAUCCAGUGACAAGAUACGUGAACAUCAGCCCUCUGACCGUCACACCUGCUCAGGUGAGACACCUGGUAGACACAGGUAGAGAGGCCGGGCUAAACACAAGUGAGAGUGAUAUUAUCCGGCUGCCUUCCCCCAGAAUUUCAAGACAAGAGUCCUUCUCUCAGUCCAAUCAGCUGCUGACUUGGUGUCAGCAGCAGACUCAUGGUUACAGAGGUGUCGCUAUUUGUGACCUGACUACUUCCUGGAAGAGUGGCCUUGCCCUUUGUGCUCUUAUCCACCGAUGCCAACCAGAUUUGAUAGACUACGACUCUCUGGACGAGUCGUCAGUGGAGGAAAACAUCCGCCUCGCAUUUGAUGUGGCUGAGCAAGAGUUUGGGAUUUCACCUCUGAUGACGGUGGAAGAGAUGUCGUCUGUUGGAGAACCAGACUCUCUUUCUAUGGUGAUGUACCUGAGUCAGUUCUACCAGCUGCAUAAAGAGUCACUGCACCCUGCUGGCUCUCUGAGUCAGAAUGCUGAUCUGAGAGCAGCUCUCUUCACUCCAGCCUCCCUCCUCAGCAGACUGGGAACCAGUCCGUCCAGGAAGAGAAACCCAAAGGAGCAUGGAGAUGCUCUGGGCAAAAAGAGAAGGACGAGUCCAGAGAGCGGAGAGCUGCAGGAGUCACGUGACCUUAAUGGCGACUUUGAUGAGAACUUUGUGGGCGGGACCAGCCGCUCUAGAGUUCGUCUGAUGGCCAAUCAGCUGCAGGCAAAGCUGGAUGAGGGCUCUGCGACCUGCGUGAACUCUUCGUCUUCUUCUGCUUCCGCUCUACGUCAGCAGUGUCUUCAGAUGUACACCGGUGGAGUGAACUCACUGGCUGAGCAGAUAACCAGCCGUUUUCAGCGUCAGCAGCAGAGUAGCUUGGUCUCUGUGGGAAGCGACGUCUGUUUCUUCUGCAAGCAGAAGGUUUAUGUGAUGGAGCGUCUGAGCGCCGAGGGGCUCUUCUUCCAUCGCAGCUGCUUCCGUUGUGAUUCCUGCAGCGCCCCCCUCAGGCUGGUCUCCUACAGCUACGACCAGGACACCGGAAGGUUUCGCUGCCUGCAGCAUCCUGACUGCCGGCCGGCUGCUCCCAGGAAGAGAGCGACUCCCACGGGAACAUCGGCGCCAUCUCCGUCCUCGGCCGCGUCCCUCUCCGACUCUCUGAGCGAGCGGCGCCGGUCUUCAGCUGCGUCUGUGAUGGCGGCGACGCCGGAGCGGAUCGAGCUGGAGAACCGCAGGAAGGAGGAGGAGGUGCCGGAGGAGGUCCAGAACCAGGUCAACCUGAGCCAAGGUGUGCAUGUCAGCUCAGAGGAAGAGGAGGAUGAAGGUCCAGGCUGUGAGGAAGAGGAGGAUGAAGGUCCAGGCUGUGUGACCUCACAGGAGGCGAACACUUUGAGGCGGGAAACUCUGAGAGAGGAAGAGGAGGAAGAGGAAGGCAGCGCUGGAGACGAGUCCAGUGACGAGGGGGAGUACAGCCCCUGGGAGACGGAGCGCCGCUCGGGUCUGUGGCUCCUGUUAGAGGAGGAAGCAGAGUUUCCUCCUCUCGGCUCACCUGUGCAGCGAGGCUCCGCCCCCUCCUCUCUGACUCCGCCCACUGACCCGACGCCCUCCACCGCCUCCUUUGUCACCUCAACUGACUCCACCCCUGACUCUGACAUCACCAAAAUUCCCCUCUCACCUGUGAUCGUCAUGGAGACGGCAGCGCAGAAACGGCCCACAGCAGGAGGGCGGGGCUCGUUUGAUGACAUCACACCUGAGCUGCCCCAGAAGAAGCCGCUGCUCCAGCAGGAGGACCGGGGGGCGGAGCCAGAGGAGGAGGAGUCAGGCGGAGUGAGGCGGCGGAGCCAAAGAGACGGUCCACACCCCACCCUCCCUCUGCUUCCUGGAGGCGGAGCUCUCUUCCUCCACCUCAAGAAGCUCCGGGAGGCUCCGCCCCCUUACCAGGUGGAGCUCGGUGGGGGCGGAGCCAGAGGCCUGUUGAAGGCAGUUCUACCCGGAAACAGAAAGGAGAAGAAACGGAGGGGCGGGACUUUACCUGCAGAGAAGUUCAGGAGGCUCCCGGCCAAUCACAGCAGGAAUACAGUCGCAGGAGAGCAGUCGACUCUGGAGUCUUCAACGCUGCUGCAGAGAUGUUCGCUAAAACCCGGAAACAAUUUGCAGUUGCAGUUGUUCGACCUCGUGUCUGAACUGCAGAAAGUUUCCGUGGAGGAAGAGGAGGCUGAAGAGGAGAACCAGCAGGUCUACGUCCCUCAUGCUCUGGCCUUCAGGCGGUCGUAUGGAGACAAGAUUAAGAAAUGCGUGAGGGACAGCGUCCUGGACUCGGAUGGACAGUCUUCCUGUCCCACGGAGGUUCUGGGCGUCCUGGUCCCGCCCAAAGAGCCGUCCAGCCUCAGCGUGAGGGAGACCAUGUUCCAGAAACAGGAAGGGGACGAAGACGGAGAUCUGGACGCCAAAAUCACCCGCCGCGUCCAGAGAGCGGCCAGGAGGCAGGCCAAGAAGGAGCAGCUGAAGAGGCUGCACAAGGCCCAGAUGAUCCAGCGGCAGCUGCAGCAGGUGGAGGUGAAGCAGAGAGAGCUGGAGGAGAGAGGAGUGAUGGUGGAGAAAGCUCUGCGAGGAGAAGCAGACUACUGGGAGGACUCCAGCCACGGUCCAGACACGGAGCUUCACCUGGGAGGACUGGGCAAACUGGACAACCUGGUUCUGAUGCAGCAGUGGUUCCGACUGGUCCAGCAGAAGAACUCUCUGGUCCGAUACGAGUCGGAACUCAUGAUCUUCGCUCGGGAGCUGCAGCUGGAGGACCGACAGAGCUGCCUGCAGCAGGAGCUGAGGGAGCGGAUGGCCGUGGACGAUCACCUGAAGGGCGAGGAGCAGCUGGACGAGGAGCGGCGGAUCCUGGAGGAGAUGCUGGAGGUGGUGGAGCAGCGCGACGCCCUGGUGGAGCUGCUGGAGGAGCAGCGCCUACUGGACCGCCAGCAGGACCAGAACCUGGAGGUUCUGCUGGCCGGGGCGCUCAGCUGGGCCUGACGGAACCGGACCAGAACCUGGGGGUUCUGCUGGUUCUGAUUCAG